ACGCCAGCACGCUCUCCACGCAAGCCCCGCCCCUUUCAUCCUGGACGUGUUUGUAUUUACAGCUCAAGUUCCUGUAGUUUUCAUCAAUAAACCGAGUCCGAACCCACCUGAGGGUAUCACCAUGGCCUUUCAGGGGUCUGGGGAACUGGAAGAUCAGCUCGAGGAGCCAGAAGACACGCUGAGAGUUUCUCCGGCCGAGGAAAUGCCCGUCGAUGGGCCUCCAGCACUAGAGGAGCCGGAGCCGUUACUGCUGCCGUGGGAUCGCUUCUCCUCCUGGCUUCACUGCAUCUGUGUGGUCGGCUUCGAUCUGGAGCUCGGGCAAGCUGUGGAGGUGAUCUACCCACACCACUCCAAACUCACCGAAAAAGAGAAAACAAGUAUAUGCUAUCUCUCAUUCCCAGACUCCAAUUCAGGUUGUCUGGGGGACACACAGUUCUGCUUCCGGUUCCGGCAAGCCACUGGCAGAAAGUCUUCACUCGGAUGUUUCCUCGACCACUUCGAGCGAGAUGCGCCGGUCUGUCUCAAGAGAGAUCAGGGUUAUUACUACGGGUAUGUGUACUUCAGACAAGUGCGAGACAAGUCGCUCAAGAGGGGCUACUUUCAGAAGUCUCUGGUCCUCAUCAGCAAGCUGCCGUACGUGACCUUUUUCCACUCUUUGCUGAAGCUCAUCGCCCCGGAAUACUUCGAGAAACAGGAGCCGUGUUUAGAGGCCGCUUGCAAUGACAUCGACCGGUGGCCCACGCCGUGCCCAGGGAAGAUUCUUACGCUCCCCAUCAUGGGUGUGGUCAUGAAGCUACGCAUCCCCACAUGUUAUGACAAGCCUGGAACUUCUCAGCUCGUCCAGUCCACACCGAGCGACAGUCUGGUGUCCAUUGUCUUGCCGACCGUCCAUGAAGUAGAUCUCUUCAGGUGUUUCUAUCCAGUGUUUUUUCAUAUCCAGAUGUUGUGGGAGCUUGUGUUGCUGGGUGAAGCGUUGGUGGUCAUGGCGCCGUCACCGGCAGAAUCUUCAGACACUGUGUUGGCAUUGGUCAGUUGUAUCUCUCCUCUGCGUUACUGCAGUGACUUCCGGCCGUACUUCACUAUUCAUGACAGUGAGUUUAAGGAAUACACCACUCGUACACAAGCUCCGCCUUCGGUCAUUUUGGGAGUUACGAACCCAUUUUUCGCCAAAACUCUCCAGCACUGGCCUCACAUCAUCCGCAUCGGAGACAUGAACCAAGCAGGAGAGAUGGCUAAACAGAUGAAAGUGAAGAAACUAAAAAAUCUGAAGACUUUGGACUCAAAACCUGGUGUCUACACUGCAUAUAAACCUUUCCUGAACAAAGACGAGGACAUUAUCAAGCAGCUCCAGAAGGGAGUUCAACAGAAGCGUCCUUCAGCGGCCCAGAAUGCAAUUCUGCGCCGAUAUUUCCUGGAACUUACACAGAGUUUCAUCAUACCACUGGAGCGUUAUGUGGCCAGUCUAAUGCCUCUACAGAAGAGCAUCUCACCCUGGAAAAGUCCUCCACAGCUGCGGCCGUUCAACCAGGAGGAGUUUAUGAAAACCCUGGAGAAGGCCGGACCUCAGCUCACCUCACGACUCAAAGGAGACUGGAUCGGCCUCUACAGGCAGUUCCUCAGGUCUCCUAACUUCGAUGGCUGGUUCAGAAACCGCAGGAAGGAGAUGAUGCAGAAGCUGGAAGCUCUUCAUCUGGAGGCUCUGUGUGAGGAAGACCUACAGCUGCGGAUACAGAAACACACCGAGGUGGAGACGGUCGACCUGGUGCUCAAACUCAAGGAGAAACUGACUCAGGCCGAGAAAGAUCAACUCCCUGUCAAACCAGGAACUCUGCCCAAACUACAGUCCCAUAUCGAGACCAUCAUACUCUCUCUUCCAGAGGACCUGCAGGGCAUCUUACACAAACCACCGAGCCCUUGACCAUCAGCCAACGCUGACACACCCCAGACUAGGGCGCAUACGGGGUUAACAGACACGACCCCGCCGGGUUUCUGCUGGAUCCUCCAAGUGCACUUGCUGCUGCAGAUCUGAGUGCCCUUGAACGGACAAUGCUGGCAUUGCCAAAAAACAGCACAGACGACUGACCGCACAGCAAGUGACUGAGCGCCCGAGGGACGAAUGAUGGCAGAAAUCAUGAUACGGACACGUUCUGAAUCUGAAUGCUGUAAGUCUCACUGUGUGAGAUCAACAUUCCCAUUUGUUUUAAACAUGAAGACGCUUAUAAGAUGGAAUCAGGAAAAAGUACUGGAUCGGAGUGGGCCGGAUUCAUAUUCACCUCCAUAAUGAAAAUAUUGAAAU